CGCCCCCCGCGCGCGGGCCCCCCGCCUGGUCUUCGCCGUCGCCACGCCGUCCGCUCUCCGGCGAGUCAUGGUGGCUGCACUCGUGGCGGCGUGGCUGCUCCUGGCGGCGGCGGCCCGCGCGCAGCGGGAGCAGGACUUCUACGACUUCAAGGCGGUCAACAUCCGGGGCAAGUUGGUGUCGCUGGAGAAGUACCGCGGCUCGGUGUCCCUUGUGGUGAAUGUGGCUAGCGAGUGUGGCUUCACAGACCAGCACUACCGCGCCCUGCAGCAGCUGCAGAGGGACCUGGGGCCCCACCACUUCAACGUGCUCGCCUUCCCCUGCAACCAGUUUGGUCAGCAGGAGCCCGACAGCAACAAGGAGAUCGAGAGCUUCGCCCGUCGCACCUACAGUGUCUCUUUCCCCAUGUUCAGCAAGAUCGCAGUCACAGGCACAGGGGCCCACCCUGCCUUCAAGUACCUGACCCAGACUUCCGGGAAGGAGCCCACCUGGAACUUCUGGAAGUACCUCGUGGCCCCAGAUGGAAAGGUAGUAGGGGCUUGGGACCCAACCGUGUCGGUGGAGGAGAUCAGGCCUCAGAUUACGGCGCUCGUGAGGAAGCUCAUCCUGAAGAAGCGAGAAGACUUGUAACCACUUUCCCUUCCUCUCCCACUGCCCCCUACCCCAUGCACAGGUGACCAAAGCAAACGCAAAUGGUGCUACAAAGGGAGAGACUACUGACUCUCCCUUCUCCUCUCUUAUCCCCCCACCCCAUCACUCCCGUGGGCGGAAAAGUCUAGCAGUUGGAUUGCUUGCAUCUUGGAGCACCGUCUCGGAACUCCUGACCAGUGAGAGCUCUUGACCAGUCAUUCACCAGCCAAUAAGAACCUCUAGCGCAUGAACACAUGUGCCUAACAAGUCUUUCAAGCAAUCAUCUCCUACCUGUUAAGAACUCUGCAAAAUGAAGCCGACUCCUACCUCACAGGGCUGUUGUGAGGAUGAGGUUGAAAGACCUGUGAAAGUGCCAGGGGCAGGGCCAGCUAACUAGGAGGAAUUCAAUAAAUGUUCUGCAUAUGAACCAAAAAAUAACUUGUGAUCAAAAAAAUCUUGCACCCAACAUGAAUUUCUAGCCAUAAUGAUCCGGGCCAAACAUUUAUUUGUUGUUAGUAUGUUCCUGUGUAUUUUUUUUUAAUUGCAGAAGUCAUACAAAGUCAUUAUAAAAGGUGCUACAAAAUAAAAAUGAAAGAAUCCCCCCUCAUUGUCUAUACUCUCACUCCCUGAAGGUAAACACUGUUAGAAAUUUCGUACGAAAUCUUCCCAGACUUUUUUUUUUCAUCAAGCCAGUCAUUAUUGCCCACUAAGAAUUCAAUGACUGAAAGUACACUACAGUUACAAACAAGCAGAAGAAUAUAGAUGGAUAAUAAGAAUAUGAAAAGAUGUCCAGCCUCAUUCAGUUGGGAAGAUUGUUUUAAAAUGAUAAUACCUAUUGUUGGUAAGGGUGUGGGGAAAUGGGUAUUCACUUCGACUGUUGUCAGGACAGUAAACUGGCACAAGUUUUUAGAGGAUGAUUUGUCACUAUCUUUUAAAACAAAAUAUUUAUAUUCUUUGAUCCAUCAUUCCUCCUUUGACUCCCAAACUGUGCAAAUAUGUGGGUACAAUAAUAUGUAUGUACAUUGUUCAUAAUAGUGAAAAUUCAAAACAACCUUUGUGUCCACGUUGAUCAUUAUGGUUUGGUUAAUAAAUUAUGGUACAAAUCCCA